UGUUGUUGAUAAAUGUUAAAUAUUGUUAAGAGUAUUAAUUAAUUACUUGAAUUCCAGGUUCAUAUAUAUAUAUUUUAUUUGCACAAAUGUAAAAAUAAUACGUUUAUAACAAAAUUAUAACCGUGGACAUUUACAUUUGUUUGUCUAAUAUGCUUAGACUUGAGAGAGUCUUCGACUGCUGCAUUGUUUAUGAUUAUCCUGUUCGUACUUGCAUAUACCUGAAAAUAUAGCAAAAAUUUUAAUUUAUUUGUUUUAAAUAAUACACAAGUUUAUCUGCCUUUUGUUGGACAAUUUAUUAUUGUCUGCAACAAUUGGAGCGAGCAUAUCAAUUAAUAGCGCUAAUCUUAAAGACUUCAAAAACAAACAAUUUUUGUGGAUCACUUUGGUUUAACUGACAGGUGAAUAAGAAGUUUACACAAAACAGUUUGUUACCUGCUGAGACCAGUGGCAGACAAAAUCAAAAUAAAUACAGGGUAAUUCCAAAACGCAGGUGCGAAUCAACUGGUUAAACUAACUUAUGUACCGUUCUUUAUGGCGUAGUUGGACACAAAUGUGAUCAGUACUCAAGCUUCAAAUGCGCUGAAUAUAUUUAAACAAAGACGCUUUAAAGAAAAAUCUAAUGUUCAUUGUUCAUACAAUCUUAUGAGUGUUUUAAACAUUUAAAAGCGCUUGUAAUUCAUUCUUAUGCAAUUCAUAUUUUAAGGUAAGCAUGCAAAUUAACGGCAAAUUUUUAUUAUCAGUCACUAUAUAUGUUGAUUUUAUUUUUGAAAAUAACUGAUAAUCAUAAUGUCUUGUCGCAUCUGGGUGAAAUGCAAGAGAUGGAAUUGUAACAACUUUUUAAAGGUUACUCAGUCAUUCAAUACUGGAACCUGCAACAAUUUACUGGAACCAGCAGAAAAUCUAGAUUCCUGCUUUAUAUCAUAUUCAAGUUAUUUGAAUAAUCCACACCACUUACAUUUGCGGAAAUAUAAGCAAAUGGCGCAAAGAUCUGUACGCCCCUUUAAUCUCAGUUUUAGUACUGGUACUUCAUUAGGAAAAGCAGACACACCACAGGAUCUUGCUGCAACCAAAAUUAUUCCUUCUGUAUACAACAAUGAUUUAAAAACAAAUAAAUAUCCCCCUGAACAUUUAAAUGAUAAGAAUAAUAAUUCACAUGAAAGCAAGGAAAGUCCUUUUAUGAGAAGUCAGAGAUUCGCGAAGUGGAUUCUACUUGGAAGUUUUGCCAUCUGCACGCCAUUGUUUAUUUUAACAAAUGGAAGACCCAAAGUGGACCAAGACGGAAAUAAGAUAAUCGAUGAGUUUACUGAAAAUCCUGUUCCUAUUGCUUAUUUGAAACGAGCAUGGGGCGAAAUUAAUCUUGUAAAGAAGGACAUUGUUGAACCUUCUUCCAAAAAGUUGCUGCCUGAUCCACUUGAAGAACCAUAUUAUCAACCACCUUUUACUUUGGUCAUUGAGCUCAUGGAUGUUUUUCUUCGGCCAGUUUAUGAUUCAGUGACCGGUUGGAGGUUCAAAAAACGACCUGGUAUCGACUAUUUCCUAAGUCAAGUUGGACCACCACUUUAUGAAGUUGUUAUUUUUACAAGAGAAACUGGAAUGACCGCCUUUCCUCUCAUUGAUUCCAUGGAUUCGAAAGGAUAUAUCAUGUACCGUCUAUUUCGAGAUUCGGCUAGAUACCAGUCCGGAUUCACACUUGGAAGUAUUACAAAAGGAAAACUACCAAAGCUAGAUCCAUAUUAUCAAAAGGAUUUAAAAUACCUUAAUCGAGACUUAAGUCGUGUUAUUAUGGUGGAUUGUGACCAAAGAGCUUGUGAAAAGCAGCCAGAGAACGGUUUGUGUUUGAGUAAAUGGGAUGGAGAUUCCAAUGACACAACAUUAUUUGACCUUGCUGCUCUGUUACGAACAAUUGCAACCAGUAAUGUAGAUGAUGUACGCCCAAUAUUAAAACACUAUGGGAAAUA